AUGGGGCUUGUGACAAGGCUCUUAAGAGUUUUCUCACAUAUGUUAAAAUCAGAUCUUAGGCCGAAUCAUAUUACAUUUCUUGCUGUUCUUUCGGCUUGCACCCAUUCUGGCCGGCUUGAGGAGGCCUUGGAGCUCUUUGGCUCCAUGGCUAUGGAGCCUCAAAUCGCACCCAAGUUGGAGCACUAUGCUUACGUUGCCGAUAUUUUGGGGCGUAAGGGUUUGUUGAGGAAAGCCCUUGAUUUAAUUGAAAAGAUGCCUAUGGAACCUGAUAUUGGUAUUUGGGGUGCCUUACUUGGAGCUUGUCAAGUCCAUGGUGAUAUUGAAUUGGGUGAGUAUGUAGCUGAGAGGCUCUUUAAGUUUGAUCCAUCAGCUGCUGUUUUUUACGUGGUUUUCGCCAAUAUAUUUGCAGCAGGUAGGCGGUGGGGGGAUGUGGCCAAGGUAAGGGCCAUGAUGAAGAGCAGAGGCGCCAAGAAAUUUGCAGGACAAAGCUUUGUUAAGUUGGCUGGUAAGGUCCAUUCUUUCAGGUUCGAGGAUCCGUGCCACCCUGAAGGGGCUCAGAUUUAUGAGGCAGUGAAUAGUUUGACUUUGCAAUUGAAGGAUGCUGGGUUUGAGCAGGGGAUGAAUUGGGUUUUGUUGCAUGAGAUGGAGUAG